GAAUCGUUUAGUCGAUUUUAGGCUGUUCGCAAAAGUAGAGAAAGAAUCAAGUAAUUAUCUUGUCACUGUACAUCCAGGUACAUGACAACUGGUAUCAGAUUCGUUCGAUCCAUGGAGGUAUUCACUGAAACUCAUCAACAUCAACAGAUCUCUAAAAUUCAGAGUUUACAAAAAUGGGUACAAAUGAAUGGAAAAUUGGUACCAAUAUUGAAAUUAGAAAGGUUAGCAAGUGAUGAAUUCGACACUUGCGUUUCGUGGUAUCUGUUUUAUUUGAUGGAUAAAAUCUGUGUAAAUCGAGAAGACGGCCUUCCAAGGUGGGGCAAACUUUUAAACAGAGCGGAGAAGAAAUUGGAUCAGAUCCUGUUUCUUAAGGAUACUGCUUUUUCUCAUCUACCUCCUCGCAGAGUUAAAGUUGCUCCUGUAGUUAGUGAUGAAUUUUCAGAAUCAGAGUUGAUUCCUUCUUAUUUCUUCGAAGAAGUUUCCACUAUGGAUAACUCAACUCCUUCCGUUGUCGAUGAAGAAGAUGAUUCUCUCAAUUUAGGGUUUAUCACUUCAAUUUUCAUUAAUGCAAAGAAGGAUUUGUCUGUUGAUCAGAGUCUUCCGUAUGAGAAAGUGGCCAAAACUGAUGUUAUUGAAUUCAAUAGGUCAGGUGAAUUCCAAAUCGGGAAAGUGCAGCAGUUCCCAAACAAGGCCGUGAAUGAGUUCAACAGGAAGAACCAGAUCGGAUUAGGUAAGCGCUCUACCAUUAUUCUCACCUCUUCCCGUAGCAUAUUUGAUCCAGGAAAAGAUUUCAAACUCAUUAGGAGGUUUUAUUAUUCGGCUGGUGUUUAUAAAUUUGGUUUUGAAUCUUUUGAUACAAUUACUUCAUAUUCUCUUACAUUAUAUGCUUGUUCAAUUUUAAUGGAUGAAUGCGAUGGGAAUUCUGUGUAUAAGCUGCUCCCUAAGAAUGGGUACUGGUCAGAUUCAUGGUCUAGUGCUUUAUUUGGUUGUAUAUCAGCUGGAGGCUAUAUGAUCGUGGCAAAGUGUUAGAUGUUCUUAAAGGGAUAUUCUCCUUUGCUGACACUUAUAAAUUUGGUGUUCGUACAAAUACUUCUUGUGACAUGGGUCUUGAUAGAUCAAUUCUAAUGGAUACUUAUACUGGAAAAUGGGUUUAUGAGCUGGUUUAUCAAAUUGGAUACCUGUCAGAUUGGAUGUUUAGUGCUUCAUUUGUUUAUCUGUCAGCUAAGAGAGGUGUUAUUAAUACUGCAUGGAGUUUGUAUGGUAAAAUGCUUCUUAAGGGUACCGAGGACUGGAAUCAAGUGAUGCAUAAAUGGCUAAAACAACAUGUAGAUGACCAGGCACAAGAACUAUUUGAUGAAAAUCCUGUUAGUGUUAUGAGGAAUUUGAAAGGAGAUGUUUGGUUUUCUAUUUGUGUUUGUUACACAUGUUUCGUAUUUGACCGCGGAAAGCGGGUUGAGGGAUCAAUUUUGAUGGAUAGAUAUUGUAUAGAAUUUUUUCAUGAGCUGGUUUUUAACUAUGGGCAUCAUUUUCAUUUGUUGUCUUCAAAUACAGUUGCAUAUGAGUUGUUUGAUCAAGUGCUAGGUUUGUGGGGAGAUGAAUUUUUUCUUUUGCAGCUGGAGUAUGAGUUGCUUUACGAGAUUUCGUUUCGUCAUCUUUGGUCAAUUAGUGUUGGUUUGGAUCUACUUGGUAACGAAGCCUAUCUGCAAGCAACUAAAUUGUCUACCCAAAUGAUUGGAAUCUUGAAUUCAGCUGGUACUUAUUACCAUUUGUUGCUUGCUCAUGUGACCUACGAAAGCCUUAUUGCUCGACGGAAAGUUGAUGGAGAUUCAGAAUUCUAUGACAUAAUGGCGAAGAUUCAGUUGAUGUUUCUUUACACUCCAUUAAUGUUUGUGCUGGUGGUUUUCUUGAGAUGGAAUUUGUUCUCAACAUGCUUAUGGAGUACUAAAGGUAUUAUGGUGUUAAUUCACUUGAAGAAGUUUGCAUGUGUGCUGGUAAAUUUUUCGGCUCCCUUCAUUUAUCUCUCGAAAAUACUUGAGCAUUACAACUGCAACUGUAUGUACACCUUGCAUUGUGGCUGGUAUUCUUGUGGCAACCAACAAAUAAGUCUAUACAAAUGCAAUUCCAUUCGGUACUUUCUCCUUGGUUACAUUUUUAUGUGUUGACUGGCUUAUCCAACGGGGAAAGAGCAUAUCUGUCUCGUUUGUGCACUUGUUUGGAUAAUAGGAAUCCAUUUCAGACUCGUGAUACUUCAAUAUCCUUAUGUGGUUCAAGUGGGAGUUAUAAUGUCAGUUAGGUAUUCUAAGUGGAGUUGUCUGCACAUGUCUUGUUGUGCUUGGUAUUGUCGUUCUUCUUUCAGCCAAGUGGCGGCUCAUAUGUACCUUCCAGGAGACCAUCGGCUCGACAGAACCUAUUGAAAAGAAGAGGCCAGUGACAGGUUAUAACGAGGUAAAAUUCUUUCUGAGAGAAGUGAAAACAAAGUACUUCUCAGCUAGCGUUCACAUUCAGAUUGUAAUUCAGUGGGUGGAUGAAGAGAGGGGGUCAUUUCAUCUCAAGCAACUCUCUAAUGGGGGUGGUAAGCACUGUACAGGUUAAGGGGGCAGUACGACUUGGAGAAGACUUUGGGCUCGUGCAUAUGGUUCAACAACAACUAAAGGAGAUAGUGGGCAAUACAACAGUGGCUUAAGGUCUUCACAGAUGCACAUCCAGGCUCCAAAACAACUUUGGGUAACUGAAGUCUCCGACUCGCCACUCAUCCUUGAGGACAAGGAUGUUUCGAAGGGGAAGGGAAUGUCAUGUACCCUCGAUUAAAGGAGUGCCCUUAUCUAGUCCGUCGAUAGUUAUUAGUAGUUAGUAGUUUAAUUAGUGUUUAAUUAGUAGUUAAAUGAAUUGUAAUGGACGGUUUAGAUGUAACCAUCUGGGAGAGCUGUGAGCGUCGGAUUCUGAGUGAUAAACCUAGCUAUAAAGAGUGGAGUCUGUACUGAAAAUCCUUAACGAAAUUAUAAUCAAAUUGAAUCAUUUAGUCGA